GACCCCACCGAGCCGACGGAGGAGGAGCUCGCUACGCUUCCCAGGGUGCCCGGAAGAUUGCCCCUGACGGCGCACACCAUCGCGUUUGUGGAGAUGUGCGAACAUCUGUCGUUUUGUGGGACGAUUUCUGUGUUUGUCAAUUUCAUUCAGCAGCCUUUGCCGGAAGGCUCGGUGACGGGGGCGGGGUUUGAUGGGCAGUCCGGUGCCCUGGGAUUGGGACAGAGGCUGGCAACGGCUAUCACUACUUUUGACUCGAUGUGGGUGUACCUUGUGCCCCUUGUGGGAGGAUACAUGGCGGACGCACACUGGGGCCGGUACACGACCAUUUUGUACGCGUGCUUCCUCUCGAUCGUUGGACACCUGCUGCUCAUUCUGUCCUCGGUCCCGGUGGUCAUCGUCAAUGGAAAGUCGUCGAUGGCAUUGUUGAUGACGGGGAUUAUUGUCACUGGAUUGGGAACCGGGUCCAUCAAGGCGAACGUUGGAACACUCAUGGCCGAGCAGAGUGCCGACGCCCGACCAACCAUCAAGGUCCUCAAAGACGGCAAACGAGUGAUAAUCGAUCCGGAGCUGACGGUCUCCCGCUCAUACCUCUACCUCUACCUAAUGCUGAACGUUGCCGCCGUGAGUGGUGAAACCGCAAUGGUCUACGCCGAGAAGUACGUCGGCUUCUGGCUGGCGUUCACGAUCCCACUGUGCUUCUUCCUCACCUCGCCGUUCGUGCUGUGGUGGGGCCGCAAGCGCUACGUCCGCUCGCCGCCCAGCGGCAGCGUCCUCUCGAAGGCGAUCCGGCUGUGGAGACUGGCGACGAAAGGGCAGUGGUCCAUCAACCCCGUGACAACCUGCAAAAACCUCAAAAACCCCCUCCUCUGGGAGCGCGUAAAGCCCAGCAACAUCCCGCCGGACCAGCGUCCCGCAUGGAUGACCUUUGACGACAGCUGGGUGGACGAAGUCGCACGCGGUGUCGGCGCAUGCAAAGUCCUGGCCUGGUUCCCCGUUCUCUGGCUGGGCUACAACCAGAUGCUGCACAACCUAACCAGCCAAGCGGCGACGAUGCAAACGCACGGGCUCCCCAACGACUUCUACAGCAACGUCAACCCGUUCACACUAAUCGUGUUCAUCCCACUCUUCGACCAAUUUGUGUACCCGUUCCUCCGAGACCACAACAUCAACUUCAGUCCGCUACGACGGAUGGCGACUGGCUUCCUCCUGGCCGCACUUGCACUAAUCUGGUGUGCAGUGCUACAGCACUACAUCUACAGCGUGGGACCCUGCGGUGUGCACGCCAACUCGUGCCCACCCGGGCCCCUAUCGGUAUGGCUGCAAGCGCCGGCGUUCUCGCUGAUCGCGCUGUCAGAGAUGAUGGCGGUAACGACGGGAAUGGAAUACUGCUUCGCAAAGGCGCCCACGAACAUGCGCAGCCUCGUGUACGCCGUGUACCUGAGCAUGACGGCGAUCGCGGCGCUCGCGGGACAGGCGUUUGUCCCGCUCAGUGACGAUCCGCUGCUCGUGUGGAAUUAUGGCGUUAUUUCGGUCUUGCUACUGCUCGGCACCGUGGGCUUCUCCCUGUGCUUUCGAAAAUUGGAUGGGCUGGAGAGGAGGGCGGGGAUUGCGGGGUUGCCCCCGCUGCCAACGGAGGGGGCGGUGAGGGAUCUGGAGAAGUGAUGGUGAUGGAGCGAGUGAUGGUGCACGGUGGAGUUGGGGCGGAUAAUUUCUGGGUGGGCGGGUGGUAAUAUGAGGCGAGAAGUGGGCGCGGCUUGCGAAGCUGGAUGGCGAGGAGAUGGAGGGAGGAUGUGAGGGUGCCGAUUUUGAUGGUAGAAAUGGUGGUGAGGAUCCGAAGGAGUAAAAGUGAUUCAUUAUAGAUAUCAAAUAGAAUAUCACAGGCAUCG